CCAGAACGGUGAAGCAUCUAGAAAUGCUAUCAAGCCAAACUAAGACAUCACUAAAGUGUUCACCAUUUACUGGUAUCUGGCAAGAACCAGACAUGUCUGAAUGUUACAAUACAGAGUGGAUCACUCGACGACUAAAGAACAUCAGAAGCCAAGUCAUUGAUGAAGGUAAUAUCGGCGAUAUUUCGAAAGAGGUCUUAAAUGUUUCGCAAAAGUCAGUGUAUUUCAAACAACAAGAUAUUGACUUGGCUGUAGAUAUUCUUGAGAAAAUGGCGCCAUUGAUAUCGAACGUGUCGGCUAAUAUAACACUGGACAAUAUACUUCUUGGUAUCAACAAUAUAAUGAACACACCAGAGAAGGUUUUGGCUGAGGCAGAACAAGCUGAUAGAAGUGUCAGCAGAUUACUGGACAUUAUAGAAACGAUCCCAGAAAAGAUUCCACUGGAAGAGCAGCAAGUCACAGCUAUAUAUUCUAAUCUUGGUAUUGGUGUUGCCAAAGUGAAUAAGGACACUUUCGAUGGUCUUUUCUAUGGUGUUUUCUAUGGAACUAAUGAAACAGAAGCACAGCUCUAUAACCACUCACACCCUGAUUCACAACAAGAAGAUAUACAGACAAUUUCCUUUAUUUCAUUACCAAAAAGUUUACCAAAACAUCUGAAAGUCGAAGAAAUAUCAGCCUUUUCAAGGAUAUUCUUUUUCUCCACGAGCGAUGAUAAGCUAUAUAGGGUAACACAAAACUCCAGUGCCAACGCAAAUACUAAAAUUAACAGCUAUAUUAUUGCUGCCAAUGUUGCUAACAUUUCAGUAAGCAACCUUGAUGAACCAGUUAAUAUAUCAUUCCUUUUAAUAAACCAGAAUGUCACCAGCCUAAAAUGCGUUUAUUUGGAUGAGACCCCAGGAGAGGAUCCCCAUUGGUCAACAAAAGGCUGUAAAAUAUCCGAUUAUGUACCUGGAAAGAAAGUAGUCUGUUCCUGCGACCAUCUUACAAGUUUUGCCUUAUUAAUGGAUGUCCACCGGAAUGAAGACGAUGUAAAACAUGUUAAACCUAUAUCUAUUAUAUCUCUCAUUGGCUGUGGAAUAUCAGUUGUCUUUCUCGUUCUUACAAUAAUAAUUCACGUUUGUUUCAAAAAACUAUGGUAUUUAAUUACCUCAAAGAUUUUAGUAAGCUUGUGCGUUCCUUUAGGUAUCACUAAUCUAAUCUUCGUUGUCGGGAUGCAACCAUACGUAGAAAUACUGGCUGCUUGUAAGACAGUGGCUGCUCUGUUACACUACUUCCUUUUGACAUCUCUCAUGUGGAUGUCUUUCGAGGCCAUUCAUGUCUUCCUAAGCAUAGUUAUGGUAUUCAGAACAUACCAGACAUCUUUUAUGAAGUGGAGUUCAAUUUUUGCCUGGGGUCUACCAGCUAUCAUUGUUCUAAUUACUCUGGUAAUUAACUCCACAGACAAUUACGUCAGAAUUGGACAAGUCUGUUGGUUAUCCCAGACAUAUUUCUAUGCUACUCUCUUGGCUCCUGUGGGGAUCAUUCUCAUCUUCAACCUUACGAUAUUCAUUCUCAUUAUCUGGCGCCUGAUCUUAAUACAAAAUAGUAAAAAAUUUGGACACAAAAGAAGAAAAGUACGUGUUUUUGGCAUUGUUGGUCUCUUUUUCUUCCUGGGACUCACCUGGUUCUUAGCAUUCUUCGCUGUUGACAAAGCAGCAGAAGUGUUUAAAUACCUUUUUGCUAUCGUCAACACCCUUCAAGGAAUGUUUAUCUUCAUAUUCUAUUGUAUAUGCAAGAAAGAUACCAGAGAUAUCAUCAUAAAGUAUGUAACUAUACGAAAGAGAGCGCCACUUCCCACCGGUAGAAAUAAAACGUCUGGUAAUGAGACAGAAGAUAAAUCAGCAGAAACAAAGUUCUAAACGAAAAUUGAAAAUAAAGAAUGCCUCCAAAAAUCGUCUUUGAUCAUAUUUUUCGUCAUAAUAUAUUUUGAAUAUAUAAAACAUUAAAUACAUUUCUUGUAAAGAGCCUUUAUUUAUACCUUUUAAUACAACAUUAUGCAACCAAGAGACCAUAAUCCACAAUAAUGUAAUGUGCCUGACUAUUUCUUGAAACACAGCAAAACUGAAAAUUUUCUUUUUUUUUUGCCACUGUAAUCUCUAAAUUUUCUCAAUAAAGGCUUAAAUCUGGCCUUUUGCUUUUUGAAAUGAAAUACUGUAAUACUGCAGUUUAAUUUCAAAUACCGCCUUAAGA